AUUGCUAUUGGCUAUCAAAAUUUAUAACAAAUUUAAAAAAAAGCGAUAUACAAUAUAAACAAAAAGUUACCGUUAAUAAUAAAGAAUUCUAACUUUAAUACAAGAUACUAAAAUUAAUUGUGAGUUCAGUUUCCAAGAUUUGUAAAAAGCAUCCCUUGCUAUGCAAUCUGAAAACUACAUGAGUUUUUGCUGUGUAUUAUUUCUUUAGCACGGUCAUAUUUUUAAUACAAAAAUAAUGGGCCAGAAGAUCAUCAGAAGAAUGAAAUAAUCAUUGUUAAAUAGUUGUUGGAUAGUUUCUAACAAAUUUAUUUAUAAUUUUAUUAAGAGUAGUAAUUAAGUAGGUAUAAAAAAAUCAAGAACGACGGCGACAACAACAACAAUACAUAUUAUGAUGAACAAUAGGGAACCAGAAACUAUUACUAUAUCUUUGGAUGAACAUGAUGUUAAGUCUUUAAUUAAUUCUGUUGUCCAUCAACAACAUCUUUUAACUCAACAAGCUCAAACUCAAGCGCAACAACAAAAUACACAACAAAGACAAAUGCAACAACCAACUCAACAUCAGCACCAUCUUACAGUACAACAACCACAGCUUAUUAGGCAACAGCCACAGCAACAGCAACCUACAAUAUCAAUCAUACCACAUCAGGUCCCAAUAUCUGUUAGUUCUACAGUAGUUCCAUCAACAUCUGCUUUAACAACUGGUGCAACAACGAUUCCAGUUGUUCAGUCGGGAGGUAGUGGAGGUAGGAAACGAAAACCAAAGUUAAACCAAAAACUUGGACAAUUGUCACUAGAUGAAUAUUGGCCGACCGUUCUGGAAGAAGUGAAGGAAUUAAAGCAAGUUGACGCAAAAAAUCAAAAUUUACCAUUAGCCCGAAUAAAGAAAAUAAUGAAAUUAGAUGAAAAUGCAAAGAUGAUUGCCGCGGAAGCUCCUUUGUUGUUUGCCAAAGCAUGUGAAUAUUUCAUUCAAGAAUUAACUUUAAGAGCAUGGCAUCAUACUGAAGAAAAUAAAAGACGAACGCUACAACGAAGUGAUAUUGUAACUGCUAUUUCACGUUGUGAUCAGUUUGAUUUUUUGAUUGAUAUAGUGCCACGUGAAGAAAUUAAAUCAGCAACGUGUGAAACAACACCUGAAUACACAAGUUCAGUAAUUAAAGCUGAAGCAAAUUUAGCUGAUAUGAAAAAGGCAUCUACGGUAGUGGCUACAGCAGGAGCGACAACCUCAAUAUCUGAUCCAAUUCAGUAUUUGCUGCAAUUAGGUAGUACGACAAAUAGCUCUGUCCAACCUGUUGCUCAAAUAAUACAUUCAAGUGGGACAGCGAAUUCAAAUAUUCAAGCGGUUCCACUAAAUCAGCAACUGAUUACUAGUGGACCACCUGCUUUAACGCCAAUUAGUGUUAUGCCACAAAAUAUUAUAAUUAAUCCUCAAGCUCAAGCGAAUUUGGUUAAUACGAUACAACAGCAAGCUGCAGCUGUGAAUGCUGUUCAAGCAGGAUCUCAGCAAACUCAACAAACGACGCAACCACAUCCGGUACAACUGUAUCAACAGAUAAUUGGGCCUAAUGGAGAAAUUCAAACGGUUCCGAUUUCACUACCUCAAAACCAGCUUAGUUUUAUAAGAAUUCAGGGCGCUAAUACCGGGAAUUCCAACCAACAAACUCAACCUCAAUUUAUCAUACAACAACCAACCGGAACAAUACAAGUUGCUGCUUCAAGUGCAUCGACAGCUGCUCAACCCUCUACAAGUCAAGGUAUUUUUGUUAACCAGAGCACGUUACAACCGGUAUUAAAUAAAGGAAAUGUUAACGUUACAAAUUUUAGGACGAAUUAAGGGGUAGAUAAUUAAGAUAUUUGUUUUAAAACAACACAAAAUAUACAUAUAAUUGUAAUGGUUUUGUUUAAACUUAAGUUGUAAGUUAUUAAUUUGAAAUAGAAUAGAAAAAGAUAAAGUCAUAUCUUAAUUUUUUAGUGAUAUUUUUUAAAAUUUUUUUAGAAAAGAUAAUUUCUAUUUUUAUAUA